AUGAAAUCGGACUGCCGAUACAAGAAAAUGGUUCGAAAAAACUCUAAAAAGUUUCACGUCGCAGAGAACGGUGUUGAGCCCGAGACACGAAACCUUGUAAAGUUACCGAAGAACGUGUCAAUAUCGCAGCUGAAUGCCCAAGUACGCAAAGUGGUCGCUGAAAGUGGUUGGUGGGAUUUGUACGGCGUGGAUUGCGCCAUAACUAUUGCUUGGCUGCUGCUUUUAAUCCCAGCGUUUCUCUUGAUGAGGAGCGACUCGUGGACACCGUUCAUCGUAUCACACCAAGCAGUUCAUUCGGCUUUAUGUGCUUCCAAAGUCAUGGGAAAAUUCUGGUCGCAUUUCUUCCUUGAAAUUUGCGGGGCGUUUUCUGUGGACCUCGCCAGCAACAUUCACAUAAAGAUUCAUCACCCGUAUACCAACAUUAUUGGUUUAGGAGACUCCAGUUCUUGGAGAGCGCCUUUCCUACCAGCUCUCACGUACAUGUUCUUUGCACCACUAUUGUUUCCUAUUGUCAGCCCAUUGUUUGUAAUCGCGGAGUUAACAAAGGCGAACAAAUGGAAGGAAUUGUUGCGUUGUACGCUCUUCAUCACUGCUGGUAUCUUUAUUAACAUUACCCUGUUGAUGAAAGUAUCUGGCCUGAAGCUAAUGACAUCACUUUUGACAAUGUGGUCUGCCAGAGCUGUGCUCAGUAUACCUUACAUCCAUGUAAAUAUAUUUCAACACAUUGGUCUUCCAAUGUACAGCAAGGAGACGGCUCCAAAACGGUUACACCUGAUGUCAACUGGCGUAUUGAACUUACCACGGAACCCUCUCCUGGAUUGGACAUUUGGACAUGCUAUCGUCAACUGCCAUGUUGAACAUCAUCUAUUUCCAGAACUAUCUGACAACAUGUGCUUGAAGAUUAAGCCGAUAGUUAGCAAGUAUUUGACAGGAAAUUCUCUGCCGUACAACGAAGACACCUAUAUGAAUCGUUUACGCAUGUUUGUUAACAAGUAUGAAGAGUUAAUGGUGAAGUUACCACCUAUAUCUGAAUUUAUCGGUAUCCAAUAG